UUUUAAUAUUCAGUCUUCAUCACAAGUAACAAAUUCUAAUACUCUAUUAAAAGUGUUUUCCAACGAUGAAAUUAAUUCCACUAAUUGUAUUGAAUCAUAUAAUACUAUGAAUAUUGUAACUAAUAAUGCACAGACAAAUCAAAUUCGUAAUUUCAUUGAUCUUUCUGAAGAUGUACAGCCCAUUGAAGACUGUUCAACAAGUUCGAUUAAAGAAAAAAACAAAGAUCUGGUAGAACAUCUUCAAAAAUGGGCAGUGCAAUUCAAUGUAUCUCACGCGUGUGCUAAUGAAAUGUUGAAAAUUCUGAGAAGUACAGGUCUACAAGUUCCUAAAGAUAUUCGAACAAUUUUGCAUAAAUAUAAGGUUAUCAGACCUAUUAUAGAAAUAGAAAAUGGAUCAUAUCUCAAUUUAGGAAUUUACAAUAUUGUACAACCUCAUUAAGUUAAAGAAAUAGAUAGCAUUCCUAAUAAUAUAACAAUAAAAUUGAGUUUUAGUAUUGAUGGUUUACCUUUAGCUAAAAGCUC